AUGAAAUUUACAAGAUUGAUUGGCAGAAUCUUUUUAGCACUUCUAUUCGUCAAUGCUGGCUUAUCUCAGUUAAAUAAUACCGAUCCAUUUGUUUAAUUUGUAAAUGUUAGAUAUCCAUUCUUCUAUGAUUAUGUCCAAAAAUUGACAGGCCAUUCAUUAGAUUGUACAGAAAUUUUAGUAUCAUAUACUUGAAUUUUAGAAACCAACAAACUUCAUUAAACAUACUCCAUGUUUAAUUCAAACAAUAGGAGCUGCUUAACUAAUUUUAGGAUUAGGGGUUGGUAUUGGUAUGCAAGGAGCAGGAUGCUUAUUGGCUUUAUUAAGUAUUAUCAUUACAGUAUUUGCACAUAAUCCUAUCAUAUAUUUAAACAAUGUGUAAUUCUCCAUAAUUUAUUAUAGGAAUGCUUAAGCUGAAUAUCUUAACAUAAUUUUUAAUUUUGGAAUUAUAGGUGCAUUAUUUUUGGUUGGAAAAAGAAGAAAGAAUAAAGGAAGUUGUGGUGUUGGAAGUUGUUUAACUAAACCAAAGGAGGAUAAAAAGGAUGAGAAAAAGGAAGAUAAAAAGGAUGAGAAAAAGAAAGAUAAAAAGGAUGAGAAAAAGAAAGAUUAAAAGGAUGAGAAAAAGAAAGAUUAAAAGGAUGAGAAAAAGAAAGAUAAAAAGGAUGAGAAAAAGAAAGAUAAAACGGAUGAGAAAAAGAAAGAUAUAAAGGAUGAGAAAAAGAAAAAUAUAAAGGAUGAGAAAAAGGAUGAGAAAAAGGAGGAUAAAAAAGAGGAUAAAAUAAAAGAGGCUAAUACACUUCCCGAAGAAAAAAAAUGA